GUUGAUGCGGUGGGUGGUGCAAGGCAACCCCAAAUCCUCAAAAAAUUCGGGCUUGAUCAAGAGAAGCUUGGAAGCUACAGUCUGCCACCGUACUUCGUGGGAUCUUGUUUAUUUUUGCCGUAAUCGCCCCGUUUCUAGCGAGUACAGCUCCCCGCGGUGGACGACCGACUGCCAACAUGGCGAUGAAUCUGGAUGUGUCGAAUGCGGCGGUGAUGAAGGAUGAGCAAGGCCGACCCUUCAUCGUCGUGAGAGAUCAGGGGAGGAAGAAGCGCCAGUUUGGCAACGAAGCCGUCAAGUCCCAUAUCCUCGCCGCCCGUACCGUCGCGAACAUCGUCAAGACUUCCCUCGGCCCCCGAGGCCUCGACAAGAUCCUCAUCUCCCCCGACGGAGACAUCACCGUGACGAACGAUGGCGCUACCAUUCUGCAGCAGAUGGAGAUUACAAACCAUGUGGCCAAGCUAUUAGUUGAGCUGUCUAAAUCGCAGGAUGAUGAGAUCGGUGACGGUACGACCGGUGUCGUCGUCCUCGCUGGUGCUCUGCUAGAGCAGGCCGCCGACCUGAUCGACAAGGGUAUCCACCCUAUUCGCAUUGCCGACGGCUACGACCAGGCCUGCGAUAUCGCUGUGGCAGAGCUUGAGAAGAUCUCCGAUGUCAUCGAGUUCUCCAAGGAGGAGACUUCUAACCUUGUCAAGGUUGCCCGAACAAGUCUGGGAAGCAAGAUCGUUUCCAAGGCUCACGACCAGUUCGCCAACAUUGCCGUCGAUGCCGUUCUCUCCGUUGCCGACCUCGAGCGAAAAGACGUCGAUUUCGAGCUGAUCAAGGUGGACGGCAAGGUUGGAGGUGCUCUCGAGGAUACCCUUCUCGUCAAGGGUGUCAUUGUCGACAAGGACUUCUCUCACCCCCAGAUGCCUUCCGAGGUGCGCGACGCCAAGAUUGCCAUUUUGACCUGCGCGUUCGAGCCCCCGAAGCCCAAGACCAAGCACAAGCUUGACAUCACCAGCGUUGAGGAGUUCAAGAAAUUGCAAAACUACGAGAAGGAGAAGUUCAUUGAGAUGAUCCAGCAAAUCAAGGACACCGGCGCCAACCUGGCCAUUUGCCAGUGGGGCUUCGACGAUGAGGCCAACCACUUGCUGCUCCAGAACCAGCUCCCCGCCGUCCGGUGGGUUGGUGGCCCCGAGAUCGAGCUUAUUGCCAUCGCUACCAACGGCCGAAUCGUGCCUCGAUUCGAGGAUCUCAGUGCUGAGAAGCUUGGCCGAGCUGGCAUAGUGCGAGAGAUGUCGUUUGGUACUACGAGAGAGAAGAUGCUGGUUAUCGAGGAGUGUGCGAAUACCCGAGCUGUGACUGUCUUUGUCCGUGGCAGCAACAAGAUGAUUAUCGAUGAGGCGAAGCGAUCUCUGCACGAUGCUCUCUGCGUGGUGCGAAACCUGGUGCGCGACAACCGAGUUGUUUAUGGCGGUGGUGCUGCCGAGAUUGCCUGUUCACUGGCAGUCGAGGACGCCGCUGUCAAGACUCCUGGUCUGGAGCAGUACGCCAUGCGAGCUUUCGCCGAGGCUCUCGACACUGUCCCCAUGACCCUGGCUGAGAACAGCGGUCUCAACCCCAUUGCAACCCUGGCUGAAGUCAAGAGUCAGCAGGUGAAGGCUGGCAAGGAGAUCCGAGGACGACUUGGUGUCGACUGUAUGGGACAGGGCAGCAAUGACAUGAAGGAAGCUUUCGUCAUUGACCCCUUGAUUGGCAAGAAGCAGCAGCUGCAGCUGGCCACACAAUUAUGCCGUAUGGUCUUGAAGGUCAACAAUGUCAUUGUGGCUGGAGCCGAUGAGAACGAAUGGUAAGCCAAGUGGGAAGCUGCCGGGGUUAGAUCAAAAGCAUGUAUGAUGAAUAGAACCUGCUUCUUAUCCUGUCAAAUGAGGUCAUGUAUAGCCUAUGUUGUGUUCCAAUUUGCGUUCCAAUGAGUGAUCAUACUGGUCGGGA